AUGGGAAAUGCUUCAGACACAUCUGCUGUGUUUGCCUCCACCAUCUCCAAGGAGCACGACAUCUUCAUGGGUUCACUCUACAGCAUAUUUUGUGUACUGUCCCUCAUGGGCAACUGCAUUCUGCUACUUGUUGCAUAUCACAAGCGGUCGACCUUGAAGCCGGCAGAGUUCUUUAUCAUCAAUCUCUCCAUCAGUGACCUUGGGAUGACGCUCUCUUUAUUCCCACUGGCAAUACCAUCAGCUUUUUCACACAGGUGGCUGUUUGGAGAAAUUGUCUGUCAGCUCUAUGCAAUGUGUGGAGUGCUGUUUGGUCUAUGCAGCCUGACUAACCUCACAGCCCUCUCCUUAGUGUGCUGCCUUAAAGUCUGCUCCCCCAAUCAUGGUAACAAGUUCUCCUCGUCACAUGCCCGCCUCCUGGUGGCUGGAGUGUGGUGUUACGCAUCCGUGUUUGCUGUAGGCCCCUUGGCACAGUGGGGACAGUACAGUGCUGAACCUUACGGCACAGCCUGCUGCAUCGACUGGCAUGCACCCAACCACGAGCUUUCAGCUUUGUCUUACAUUGUCUGCCUUUUUGUCUUUUGCUAUGCACUGCCCUGCACCGUCAUUUUCCUCUCCUACACUUUCAUUCUGCUGACAGUGCGGGGGUCACGUCAGGCCGUCCAGCAGCAUGUGUCACCGCAGACCAAGACCACUAAUGCACACGCUCUCAUUGUCAAGCUCUCAGUAGCAGUGUGUAUAGGCUUCCUGGUGGCCUGGACCCCAUACGCUGUUGUGGCCAUGUGGGCGGCUUUCGGAGAUGCCACACGGGUUCCUCCUGCUGCAUUUGCCCUGGCGGCCAUUUUUGCCAAGUCUUCAACAAUCUACAACCCAAUGGUUUACCUGCUGUGCAAGCCCAACUUUCGCGAGUGCCUCUACAGAGACACAUCUAUGUUACGACAGAGGAUCUACAGAGGGAGUCCACAGUCAGAUCCAAAGGAACAUUUCAGAUACACCUCCCAACGCAACACGGACAAGAGCGCUUCCACACGUUUCUCAAAUGGACAGCAGGAGAGCUAUGGGACGUGUCUGCACUGCGCUGACAAUGCAGCGCUGUGUCAUACGACGACACCCCAAAGGACUGCGUGCAUCCUGACUGGAUCCAACUACAAAGAGGUGACAGUUAGCCAGCUGUCGGCCAAACCAGAGGCUGGUUUACUCUAG